AUGUCCGCCACAGACUCAUCACGAUCGGCCACCAUAGCAGAGCCGCGAUACGUGAGGCAAGUCCGCGAGUGGAUCAUUGCUUGCGAUGAGCUUCAUGGAGACUCCUGUGUGCCAGAGCCAGUCUCUCAGCGGCCACUCGAAGAUAUCCCUCGCUGGCUGAUUGAUGUGGACCAGCAAUGCAUAGUCCCUGGCCACUCUGCAGAUUGCUACCUAGCUCUAAGCUACGUCUGGCCAGAGACUCGAGAACCUGCAAAGUCCGCUUCAACACCACCACGCAGUCUGCUUCUUGAUGAGAAGACUGUCAUCGACUUCCAGAUACCUGGCUUCCUGGGCAGAGAGGAGACUGCAAAGCAAAUCCCGAGAGUAAUUGGGCACGCCAUGGAGCUCACUUCCGCACUGGGCGAAAGGUAUCUAUGGGUCGACCGGCUGUGCAUUGUGCAGAACGAUCUCAGCGAUGGUGGAACCCUCAGUCAGGUGGCAAAGAUGGACAAGAUCUAUUCAGGAGCUUACCUGACUAUCAUUGCAGCUGCUCCCGAAGAGAUGUACGAGAAUGGCCUGUACAUGGAAUGGCCUUCGUUCAGCACGACCAGAGAUAGGUACAAAUACGAUACUUGGCCCGUGGACUGGCCCCCGGAAGAUGAUUGGAAAUCUCUAGAUGAGCUACUGAAGCUUCCGACGAUGACUGAAGAGGAGGUAGCCAAAGCCAUGAGUGCACGAUACGUGAUGCUCUCCAGGUCUCGAUGGGCCAGUAGAGGCUGGACCUACCAGGAACAGAUCCUGUGCAAGAGAGCUGUUGUCUUCAUCGAGACUGGAUUGUUCUGGGACUGCCACUGCUGUGUGUGGGAUGGAGUCGAUCUCUCUCCUGGUCACGACUUUGAAGGCAUCGCUCUUCGGCAUGAUCUCGGCCAGCGAUUCUCGUCGAGAUGGUGGCCGGACUUCGCCUUCUAUCUGACCUCAUAUGCCCGUACAAUGGACGAGAAUUCAGCUACCCACAGGAUGCUUUGCUUGGAAUAUCGGCCUUUUGGCAUCGCAGAGCGCCGUGUAGAUCGCAAUGAGGAUGCUUCAGGCCGCUCGAGCUUGCCCUCGUGGUCGUGGUCUGGGUGGCAAGCGUUUGUCGACCCAUGGAGCCUCUGUUCCGGCUUGUCCUACAUUCUCGAUCCCCAGACGCAGGCCCGCGCUGGCAGUUGGCGUACGAAACGUCUUGUGGACUGGCAGGUCUUGCAUGAGAGCGAUACGCCAGAGCCAAUACUUGAGCCGCACCUGCUUGGUCAUCAUGCAGACACUUUGCGAUCGUAUCGCGGCACUAUAGACGGCUGGUUCAGAUGGGUGAAUUUCUGCGAGAGUGCUGGCAAAAGUCUCGCUGAGGCAGAUGUAUUCUUUACCCAUCAGAGAGACGACGCCGAGCGCUUUAGACACCCGAUACCGCUGGUCGAGGAUGCUGGGCAGGAAAGCUUUCUGAACAACGCAAGAUACUUGACGUGCUCAACCACCGAAACCCUUUUCUCUGUAGCAACGGUGCUCGAGUCAAGAAUGAGUACAGUAUCUACAGCGUUCGGCCCUUCCAAGAUAUCGGUCUUCGAGGACGAAAUCUUCAAACGAGGGCCGGCGCCCAGCAAAGCCUGCUCAAUCCUUGUGCUGCAGCAGUCGAACGGCGGGUUCGCUGGGCUGCUGCGACUAAUGGAUCGGACUGCGCUUGAUGAGCACACUACAGUAGCGCUAAUUGCAAUCUCAACUGGUACUGCAUCUGCGGAGGAUAUGCGGAAGUCUCUCGAGUGGCGAAUCUUCGAAGGCGCAAAGGAUGAGUAUGAGGACGGCAAUUACAGUCAAGAGUUACGUUACAGCCCAGCCUGGAAUACCUCGACAGAAACGUCUGCUUUGCUGUUCGAUGUCUCCAUGGCUUUUGGCAAGGACGCAGCGAAGACUGAAUAUGUUGAAUCCAAGUUCCCUGCAGUGUCGGCCCAGAUCCAGCAACGCAACAAUGAAAGCGUUGCGAGUGACGCUGCCCGACCCUCCAUCUUUCAAGCGUUCGAAUGGAUUGACAAUAGGGCACAGUUCAAAGCACGCAACGAUCUCCUCCUCGAACGUUCGGGCAUGCCACGUCAGACAGGAAAGGUUUCCGCAGCCGUACUUUGGGACAAGGUUCGAGCAAAGAUUCGAGACGGCUCUUUCUUCCAGCAGAACGAGGCGAUCCCAGAAGACGCACCGCCCGAGCAUAAGCACCUCGAGGCUUCAAACGAAGAGUUCUGCGAGUUCUACAACGUCCUUUGGAUCGAGCGUAUCGAUGGUGUUGAGUAUCGGAAAGCAUGCGGAUGGGUUCCGAAGUACAUCUGGGAGGCUUAUGCGACUGGCCCGGUGGAAGUCAAGCUGGGGUGA